CUGGGUUGCUUCCGCUUCCUGUUCUGCCUUUUUUGUUUACAUGCCAUUGCCUGCUUACUCAGCGAAGACACAAGACAACUACAGAAAACGAGAUGCAUCAAUCCAUAUUUGUAAUUGAUGUAAAGCCUGCAGUUGAACGCUGCACAACAUGUUGCAAACUUUACCACUGCCCCCUCUGUCCUACAUAUAAACCCAGCCCACCGUACAGGCUUCAGCGCCAUCUAGAAGUCCACAUAAAAAAUGCCAUUACAUUUAAAGAUAAGAAGAUUUGUAAGUGCAAUUUGCAAUGCAGGAAUUCUGGUCAUUUUCAUUGCCCUGUUUGCAACAAAACAAUCAUAACCAAGAAAGAUAUGGAAAGACAUCUGGAGGCUUGCCAAAGUGCCACACAAUUAACAUUUACCUCAGCUUCUUCCCCAUUGGAACACAACUUAGAAGUUAGUUUAUCUGCAUCUACAGUUCAAACCGACCCAAGUGCCACAAUGUCUCCCCCGUUUCCACCAACUUCCACUUUUAAACAACAUUCACUUCUUGGUCCCUCUGAAGUUUAUUCUGGAACGAUUGUUGUCCCAUCUGCCCAGGAGACAGCAACUAAAUUAAUUUCAAAUAAGGUGAAAUGUCCUCACUGCCAAAAUGUUAUCUAUAAAAAAAACAUGACCAAACAUAUUGUGAGAAAACACGCUGAAAAAUCAAAGGACAUAACAGUGACUGAACAUUUGAAAAGUGUCUGUGUGGAUGCCACAAAUGGAAUCUCUGUAGUUCAAAAAGCAAGUCACGGCUUUUCUGUGCCCAUACAUGUGCAAAACAAAACCUGGGGUCAUCAGCACAAAGUUCAGUGUGAGUUGGAAAGCUGCAGGCAGUAUCAUCUGAUGGCAUUCAGAAGUGGAUUACCAUCUAGCCAUUGUGAACACAUCCGCUCACUAGAGUACUGCAGUGGAACAGCUGCCGAAGAGUAUCUGCAUGAAGAUGUCUUAACUGAAAUGGUGGACUUAAAAUUCUUCGGUGAGGCUAAAAAAGCAACAUGUGUGAAAAGGCUUAAGAAUGCACAGGCAGCUCAUAUACCUUUCUGUGUUGAAGUGCCAUUUACAGAACCCCCCAAGCAGUUUUGUUUCUCCAUUUAUGAACCUACUUUACAUCAGUAUAGUCGCCUUGGGAGGAUCAUGGUGACAUACAACUCAACAGCUAACACAUGGCAUUGUCCUUGUGCUAAACCAAGAAUGUCAUGUGUACACAAGAACAUAGGCAAAUGGCAUUUGUUUCAAAACAACCGGGACGUGUUCAGAACAGAGACUGCAACUCAACAGCACCCAAACGCUAUCUAUCCACCAUUGGCUGAAGACUUGAAGCGACUUGUGCACUACAUACACAGUCAUAAAAAGCUUCCGGCCAACCUACCAGAUGACCUUAUUAAACCUAGGGCAAUGACAGAUUACAUUACAGAGUUGCAUCCAGAGGAGACUACUUGCACUGUGUGUCCAGGGUCAGUACAUCUGCAAAAAGAUAUAAAGAUUUCUGGAAAAGCAAGGAUAAUCACCAUGAAUGGAGUAAUUGAAAAUGUUUCCACCUAUUACCGGAAAUGUCCACAGUGCCGCAUGAUGUACAGAUACCAAGAAUGGAAGGACAGUCUCCACAACUUUGAUGACCAUGUUAUCUUGAACCUUGAGCUAUGUAUAUAUCUGAGACACAACCUACAGAACAGUGUUUCUGUUUCCAAGGUGUUAAACUCACUGGAAAGCUUGAGGAAGGUCAAAUUUCCUCCCAGAGAUACAAUUCUCCAUGCUUACUGCCACUUUGAGGCAUUGACAAGCCAUGCAUAUUCCUAUUCUUGCGUGUGCUGUGGCUACUAUCCUCCAGUAGUUGUGAUGGACCUCCACAAGAAAGGAGUGUUUAACUUGCCCGUGAGUGACCUGAAACAGCCCUCUGAGAAUUUCCCUGGCAAAGUGAAUAUAGAAGAUUUCUGGGAUUCUGUUCAGUUGGAAAUGAUUUCACGUGGCUUCUUUCAAAGUCGUGCAAAGAACAUCUUUGCUGUGAAUCCUAGUUUUGAGCACUGGGCCCCAUGGAUUGGAAAGAAUACACGAAAAUCAGAAAUGGUGUUGAACACAGAGUUUGAAAAAGUUUCCUCCACUUUUCAGAAGUCCUCCACUGAAGCUGAAGUCAGCAUGGUGUCAGAGGACCGUCUAGUGGACGAGCUCAUGAAGCAGAAGGUUUCAACUGUGCGCAAGCUAUGCAAGGCCUGCAAUUUGGAUUCAAAGGGAUCACGGACAGAUCUUGUUAUAAGACUAAGGGAUGAGAUGAAGUCAAGGCACACGUAUGACAAGAUAUUCCAGAAAAUCUGGGGAGCAUCCGGUGGGUGGUCAGUGGUUUUGUGCCCUCAUGGUGUGGUCUACAGUUUAAAGUUCAACCUGAGGGCAGAGUCUCCAAGGGAUUUUGCAGAUCUUCUCAUGUCCUGGAAACACCUGCCAAAUGUCUGUGUUUAUGACUUUGCUCGGGGUUUGGCAACUCAUGUCAACCUCCGUUUUCCAACUUCCAUACCUUUCAAGCCACAUGAAGGGAGGCUGGCUGCGUCAACCCAAGACAACAUCACCGCAGCUCAGCAAAAAAAACUGAGGAUCUCCCUACCGUGGCUGACUGAAAUUAUGGAAAAUCCAGAUGAAGAGGGACAUCCAUUCACUGGUUCCUCCAGCCACUAUGUCUUAUAUGACAAAUUCCAUGAGGCCAACACCAAAGAUCCACAGGAAGUGUUGAGGAGAAUCAACCUGGUCCCAGAACUGCAAAGUUCCUUGAAUAGCCAGGUAGCCGAGCAACUUUUUUCAAGUAUGCGGAAGAACAACUACUUCCUCAAUAACAUGGCACCAUCCACCCACAUAUUUUUGAUGAGAAGCAUAGUAAAUCAAAGAAACAUCAACACAAACACAAAGCUUUUGGAGCAGCAACUACACAGUGGGCAUAAGUCACAUUGUUUGCAGGAUAUUACCAUGAAUGCCUUUGGACAUGCAGUAUUUGCAUCAGGAACCGCAGUAUCUGAAAAGGCCAAACAAUCUAUACUGGUUGAAACUCCUUCGCAACAAGGGCUUCAUACCGACAGAAAGAAAGACAAUGACCAAUGUGGAAAACAUUGUGAAUCCAUCACAAGAUGUGAGAACGUUGGACCAUACAGAGCAUCAUGGACAAGUGAUCAAAGUCAUCCCACCCAGGAGAAGCUGCUCAACUACGUGUUGGACAUUGAGAAGCCAGCGACAGAGUUGAUUGUGAAAACAAGAAAGAGUGUCCUGACACGUGCUGACUUUUGGAGCCUUGGUUUGAACAAUGAAAUGGACGCAACAAUUGGAAAUGCGUGCUUUGAGCUAAUCGAACAAAUUGCUCAAUCAAAGGGGAAGACCAUUUUUGUAGCAGAUCUCUAUGUGGUUCCAACAUGGCGACUCCCAACUGCAUCCAACCCACUUCUGAGUUUACCUAUGCACGCUUCAGAGAUGCCAUUGUUAUUCCUGUGUGGAAACCUGGACAUUUCCUGUUGUCUAAAACUUUCUCAGUCAAUAAAUCCUGGUCCAUGGAAAGAGACUACUGGGUUGGAAAUUGAGGGUUUUCCAAGACAACCCUACGGGAUUGACUGUGGCAUCUUCAUGCUGAUGUAUGCCCUUUAUACAGUGCUAGAUGCCUCCUUUGAUUUCACUAUUAUGGAUAUGCCAGCUUUGCGAAGAUGGUGGUGUGUUAUGCUGAUGGAGAAUUUUGACCUUGGAUGCCAUCAUAAAAUGUUUGCACACUGGACGGAGAUGUCAACAGCCCUCCUGCGUGGUGACGUGCAACCAGUGUUCAGACUGAAGAAGCGAAAGUUUGAGAAUAUCUCUGAGGACAAAGAUGUCUCCGUUGAAAACUCUUCGAAGACAACAGUUGAAGUGGAUAGAGUGAAGGCCAGGAUUGCAAAUGACUGUAAAGAGGCCGCAGAAUGGGUUAACGCAAACCUGCACUUGUUCUCUGAUGCCGUGGAAUUGCCUGACAUACUGAAGAUGGGGGAAGUGGAACUGGCAGAGGCUGUACAGCAGUAUGAAAAGCUUGGGGGUGAUGAGGAAGUGGAUGAAGACGAAAAGGAGUCGAUCUUGGAGAAUUUCAAGUUUUUUUUCAGGAACCUUGAAGACAUGAAUGUAUUUUGUGAGGAAAUUACAGACAGCCGAGGGUAUUUGGCUUACUGUGAAUGCCGAGAAUAAAAAAAAUCAUUGCAUUCAAUACUUGUUCAUUAUUCAUCAUUGCACAAAGUGAACAAUUCACUUUUAAAUUGUAUUUCAAAUCUAAAGUUGCUGUUUCAAUUUUUUUCAACCAGGUGAUUUAGAACCGUAGCUUAUUGGCUUGUUAAAUUUAUCAACUGUAUAUUUUAU